AUGGCGAGAGCGGGCAUUGCGAUGGUUGGUGUAUCUUGUCGUUCGGUUUGUGGAACAGGUUUGUGGUUUGGCGGCGAGUGGAUCGAUGCGUGGCUGAGCCAGGGUUAUCCUGGCUCUGAUCCCAACCGCUGGAUGGAGUCGGAGUCGGGCGAGCGACAAGAAUUGCACCCUCAUUUCGCCAGGACGGCGGUGUUGUCGAGGAACGCCGGGCACAACUCGCUAGAACUUUCGGUGAGAUGGGCAAGGUUAGAAAAACGGGACAUUUGA